AUGUCAAAAUUAAACAGAGAUGUUUUUUAUAUGGUAUUGCAUGAAUUACAAGAUGAUAAAAAAGCUCUUUAUUCAUGUCUUUUAGUUAAUAAAACUUGGAGUGAAAUAAUUAUUCCAAUUUUGUGGAAAGAUCCAUGGAAAUAUUUAAAGAAAGGAAAUGAAAAAUCAUUAUUAAAAGUUAUAACAACAAAUUUAUCAUUAAAUUCAACUUAUAAUAUUAUAAAAAAUUCAUAUCAAAAACCUUUAUUUGAUUAUAUUAGUUAUUGUAGACAUUUAAAUUUAUAUGAAAUUAGGAGAAUAAUUAAUACUAUAAAUGAAGAUUCUGAAAUGAUAAUUUUUAAAGAUGAAAUAUUAGGAAUUUUUAUUAAUGAAAAUACAAAAUAUACUCAUCUUUAUAUACCUUAUCAAUUUGAUAAUCAAAUACAUCUUAUUCCUGGAGCAAAACAUUGUUUUUCAGAACUUAAAUUUCUUCGUUGUAAUACAAGUAUAAAUGAUAAUGUUUUAUCUGGAUUAACAGAAAUAUGUAAAUCAAUUAAAGAAUUGGAAUUAUUCAUUAAUGUACAUAAUAAUAAUUAUGGUAUCGUUAAAUUAAUAGAAUCUCAAAAAAAUUUAUUUGAUAUUCGAUUUAUAACUUAUUCUCAAAAUAUGGAUGGAACAUUUUGUAAUAUUCUUGAAAAUUCAUUGAAUAAACAUUCUAAUACUAUUCAAUAUUUUAAGAUGACUACACCUCCUACCACAAAUAUACUUUCAUCUCUUAUAAAUUUAAAAGAAUUAGAAUUAAAUGGUAAUAAAAAUUGUAAUUUGGAAGAUUUGGGGAAUUUAUUUUUACCAUUUUUACGUAUAUUAAGAGUUAGUAACAUUCAAGUUGAAUAUUUAACAAAUUUAAUUAAGAAUACAAAUGGAUAUCUUAUUGAAAUAAAAAUAGAUAAUAUAAAUCAUGAUGAUAUUAAUAAUAAAAAAAUUAUUAAGGCUAUAUAUCAAAAUUGUCCAAAAUUAAAAUAUCUUAAAUUAUUACUUAAAAAUAAUAAUAUAUUUGAAUUAGAAAAAUUAUUAAUUGAAUGUCAAAAUUUAAAUGGAUUAUAUAUUCUUACUGAUUAUUAUAUAGAUACUAUAUUUUAUUGGAAUGAUUUAUUUGAAAUUUUAACUACUUCAUCACCAAAAAGUUUAUUUAAAUUUAAAUUUAAUUUUAAUUCUAGUAAACCAAUUAAAUUAGAAUCAUUAAAAUUAUUUUUUGAUAAUUGGAAAGGUAGAAAUCCUAUGUUAUUACAAUUAAGUAAUAGUUAUUAUUGUAUAAAUAAUGGUGAUAUGAAAAAAUAUAUUGAUCUAAUUAAAAAAUAUAAAGUAGAAGGUAUAGUUAAAAAAUAUAAUAAUGAUUGGUAUGGACGUACUUAUAAAGAUUUUGAAUGGUUUUAA